AUGGAGAAGUCCGCAAGACCGCGGACAGCAUUAAACGAAUGUGUUAAGGUGGUGGUACGAUGUCGACCGCUUUCAGAAAAGGAGAAAAACGAGGGUUAUGAGGAGGUAAAAAGGAGGCGUCCAGAGCAGAAGUGGUACGAGCGGCUCUCGACACGCGCGAAGGACGACGCCAAACUGAUAGACGCCCCUUUGCAGGUGGUGAAGGUGUGGCCGGAGCGCGGCGCAGUCCAAGUCUACAACCCCAAGGGCGAGGAUAAGCUGUUCACGUAUGACGCCGCGUACGACUGCACCGCCGACACCAAGACCAUCUACGAUGAAAUGGUGCGACCCCUGGUGGCGUCCGUGCUGGACGGGUUCAACGGGUGUGUGUUCGCGUACGGGCAGACGGGCACCGGCAAGACGCACACGAUGGAGGGCACGGCCGAGGACGAGGGCGUGAUCCCGCGCGCCUUCCACCACCUCUGGGCGCACAUCGAGAACACCGCCUCGCCGGACGUCACGCACCUCGUCUCCUGCUCCUACGUGGAGCUCUACCUGGAGGACGUCAGGGACCUCCUCUCGAAGGACUGCAAGAAGCUCACCAUCAGAGGACAGGAGCUGAACGGCUUCUACAUCCCCGAGAUGACGUCGGUGGUGUGCAAGUCGGCCGGCGACAUGGUGCGCGCGAUGCGCACCGGCAACAGGCACCGCGCCGCCGCGCGCACCGACAUGAACGAGCACUCCUCCAGGAGCCACGCCGUCUUCCUCGUCACCGUGGAGACGGCGCACCGCGCCACCAAACGCAUCCGGGUGGGCAAGCUGAACCUGGUGGACCUCGCGGGCAGCGAGAGGCAGCGCAAGACUGGCGCCUCCGCCGAGAGGCUGCGGGAGGCGUCGCGAAUCAACCAGGCGCUCUCGUCGCUAGGCAACGUCAUCUCCGCACUCGCCGAGAACAGCCCACACGUGCCAUACAGGGACUCGAAGCUGACGCGCAUCCUGCAGGACUCGCUGGGCGGCAACAGCAAGACCAUCAUGAUCGCCAACAUCGGCCCCGCCGCGUACAACUACGACGAGACCAUCACCACGCUGCGGUACGCGCACCGCGCCAAAGCCAUCAAGAACAAGCCGGUGCGCAACGAGGACCCGAAGGACGCGAAGCUGCGCGAGUACCAGGCGGAGAUCGAGCGGCUCAGGGCGCUCAUCGAGCAGCGGCGCCCCAGGAGAGCGCCCCGCCACAGGCCCGCGCUCCAGCAGGACGACGCGGAGGAAGACACGGUCAGCAUCGAGCAUGAGCACAUAUUGGCGGAGUCGACGAUAGAACAGGAGAAGUGCAAGACCGAGGAGUUGGAGCAGCUGAUCCGGUCGCUGGAGGACCGGCUGGUGCAGGGCGGCGGCGGGAAGGACUUGAUCAACGACCUAAACGAGAGCCAGAUCAUACUGGAGCAGAGGAACACGGAGAUCGCCGAGAGGAAGAAGAGGGAGGUGGAGAUGCAGCAGAAGAUAGACCUCGAGGAGGAGACCACCGCCAUCGUCACCAACACCUUCGCGACACUGCAGCAGGAGGUCGACCAUAAAACGCAGAGGUUGAAGAAGUGCCUGUCGAAGUACGCGUGCCUGCGCGAGGAGAUGGUGGAGCAGCGCGAGGCGCACGACGCGGAGCGGCGCGAGCACGAGGCGCUGCAGGCGGCGCUGCUGGCCGAGCUGCGGCGGCGGCUGCUGCUGGCCGACGGCUUCGUGCCCGAGGCGGGCCGGCGCCAGGUGCUGCGUCUGCGCUACAGCGAGGACGCCGACGCCUGGGAGCUGCCGCGCCACGCCGGCGCAGAGCCCCUCCCGGAGAGGCCGCGCGCGCAGGGCCGCCGCCGCCCCGCCUGUCUGCUGGCGCUCGCGCCCGACGCGCCGCCCCGCCGCCGCCACGACGACCUGCUGCGCCUGCGCCCGCUGCCGCUGCCGCCCACGGCGCGCCGCGAAGCGCCCCCCCCGCCGCCCGCGCCCGCGCCCCCCCCCCCCGCCCCCGCCGCCCCCGCCCCCGCCGCGAGGGCGCCCCCGCGCCGUGCCGCGCCCCGCCCCCGCCCCGGCACGGCGCACACGCGCCUCGGCGCCUUGGGCACGGCCGGCGUGCGC